GGAAGUGCCGAAGCCAGCGGCGCGGCGCUGCCCGGCGGCGGGCAGGCGGGAGCCGCGGUGCGCGGUGCCGGCGGGGCGCAGGAUGCUGCGGCUGGCCGCCGGGCUGCUGACAGCGGCCUCGGUGGCGCUGGUGCUGGAUUGGUACGCGCCUUCCAGAGCGUCGCUGCCGGCUGAGCGCCACCGCCGCCGGUGGGCCCCUCAGCCCGCCCCCGGGGCGGAGGCCGCCGGCCUGCUGUGGGUAGUGCAGGUGUCAGAUAUUCAUAUCAGUAGAUUUUGGGAUCCCAAACGAACUCUUGACUUUGAAAAAUUCUGUUCUGAAACAAUUGAUAUAAUUCAGCCAGCACUUGUUCUAGCAACAGGUGACCUGACAGAUGCCAAGACAAGAGAUAGACUGGGAUCUGAGCAGAUAGAAGUAGAAUGGAAAACUUACCAGUCAAUCCUGAAGAGAUCAAGGGUCAUGGAAAAAACCAAGUGGAUAGACAUCAAAGGGAAUCAUGAUUCAACCAACAUUCCGCACCUGGAUAGCGCUCAGAAUUAUUACAGGAAAUACUCUGCCUGGCAUAAAGAUGGAUCUUUCCAUUAUAUCCACACCACCUCUUUUGGGAACUAUUCGUUCAUCUGCGUGGAUGCCACACUCAGCCCAGGCCCUAAGAGACCCUAUAACUUCUUUGGGAUUUUAAACACGAAUCAAAUGCAAGAGCUAUCUUUGAUGGCAACAGAAAGUCUGCACAGCAAUCAUACUCUCUGGUUUGGCCAUUUUCCCACCUCAACAAUCAUCUCCCCAGCCCCAGGAAUACGAACAUUAAUGAGUUCUGCCACAGCCUAUUUAUGUGGCCAUCUACAUACAAUGGGUGGGCUGAUGCCAGCCUUGCACAGUCAGCACCGUGGCGGCACUCUGGAACUGGAAUUGGGAGAUUGGAUGGAUAAUAGGAGGUACCGGAUCCUUGCGUUUGAUCAUGACCUCCUUAGCUUUGCAGAUCUUAACUUUGAAGAAUGGCCUGUAGUUCUCAUCACGAAUCCCAAAUCCUUCCUUUACAGCAGUUCUGCUCAUGAACCACUAGUCAGAAUUCUUUAUUCCACUCAUAUCAGAAUUCUGGCCUUCUCUCCCUCUGUCGUCAUUUCUGUCAAAGUCUGUAUAGAUGGAGUUCACCUGGGGAACGCGCACCAGGUGUCUGGCCCUCUCUAUGUUCUGAAGUGGAGCCCCCAGAACUACAGUGAAGGGUUCCAUCACCUAGAUGUGACUGUCCAGGAUGCUUCAGGAAGAACUAGCACACGGGGUCAUAUAUUUGCGAUGGAAGAAAACCUCUCUCUGAGAUUCAGCUUUUGGCCAUCUGUUAUUCUUCUCACUGACCACUAUGUUCUAGCUCGUGUGCUUUUUGGACUGAUUAUGCUGAUUCAGCUCGCCUUGCUCAUUAUUUUCAGAUACCUCCAAAAGCCCGCACUCAAAGAAAAGCCAGGAUUACUUACUCUGACCUCGUAUUCCCUUCAUGUCUUCAGUAAAACAAACAUCUCCUAUUACUCAAUUCUGGUUCUGAAUUUAUACACCAUUCUGGGGCCAUGGUUUGUAGGCGAACUGAUAGAUGGCCACAUGGGGGCCUGUUUUUCCUUUGGGGUGCUCGUUGGUGGCUCCUUCUGGCAGGGCAGUCUGACAUUUGUGGUUGGGAUUUUACAGAUGUUGUUUUUCAACCUGCCAUUAAUGGCCUAUCUCUGCUGGCUGCUGCUGCUGCGGUGCCAGGGUCACAGCUUGCGUUCUCACAUGCGGCACGUCCGACGGCCCCUGGCUGUGCCGGUUCACCUGGCAAUGGCACUGCUCCUGGCCUGGCAGCUCUACUCCUGCUAUUUCCUCCAGCGAACCUACGGCACCUUGGCAUUCUUCCUCUCCCCAAUGAGAAUGUGGCUGGUGGUGCUGACCCCAGCUCUCAUCUAUAAAACCUGGACACUGAAAUCAUCUCAGCUCAGAACUUACAUAAUAGAAAUGAAAAACUGUCAGAGCUCCUGAAGCACAGUGUAAGUAUUCAAAGUUCUUUGAUUUAAAAGCUAUUAAGGCACAGCCUGCUGUUUUGUGAUGCUGGAAUUCCAUGCGGCUCAACCAUCAGGGGGUAAGAUCUGAAGCUGCACCUGCAUUGCUAGAGCUGUAUUAAAUAGUAUAUGUAUAAUAAUAUGUAAUAUAUACUUUUAUUGUAUUAUACAUAUAAAAUAUACUGUAUAAUACAUGUUAUAUAAUACAAUUAUACAUUAUAUAUUAAUACAGUAUGCAGGGAACUGUAUAAUAAUCUCUAUUCUAGGGGUUCAUGUGAUACAGAAGAUAGGUAUGUCCGUAUGGAUCACAAAUGGAAAUAUCUGCUCAUUACUACUGUGAAUGGAAAAAUAUUUUUAAUUCAUUAAGUUCUUGAUUUUGAUAAUGCUGGGAAAAAUGAGCAUAGAUCUUAGUAAGCUCCAGGAUUUGUACUUAACUUUGCUUUUUAUUUCAAGACUUACAUACAUUUUUACAAGACUAGACCAGGUGUCUUUACGAAGUAAUGGUUAGUGCAGAGGUGCUGUGGUGGCCUUCACAGUAAGAGUCCAAUGCUUAUUCACUUUUUCAGUUCAUAAUGCAGAAGUGGGCGGUUUACAGGCUGUUAGGUGUGUACGUGUGUAUUUGUGUUUAGUGGCCUGUUGCUGGUGUCCUGGGAGUGCUGGCUAAUUAGCGUGCUCUCUCUGGGAGGCAGUAGUUAAUGUGCUCCACUGCUGAGGUGCCAAUUUUCCCACACUUGACCAGUGAAAGGACAGUGAAUGAUCAGUGGCUCUGGGAUCCCCAGCUACAGUCAGAGUUCAGCUUUAGCAAAGCAAAGAACGGAGACAAUGUCCUUCAGAUGGGAGAGCUGGAAGGAAUCAUCUGCUCUGAUGCCUGUAAUGUCUGUAAGCGAGGGGGUCAGGGAUGUAUUUCUGGGUCUCAGUCAAACACACCAAAGAGUGACCUAGGAAAACUCAUUUGUUUGUUUUCAGUUUUUCUAAGUAUAAAAAUGAUAGAACAGUUAGAUUUAUGAAGGAUGCAAUGAUCCAAAGCCAAGAGAGCUGAGGUGCUUUUAUCUGUAAAGCAAGGAGAACACUGGCCUGCUUCACAAGGCUGCUGUGAGUGAAACAUUUGGAAUACUUUAGGUCAUUUUCAUGUAACUUAUUUAUGGCUCCUUGAGAAAAAGGAGGGCUAACUUAUUGAUGGCACCUUAGAAAAAAACAGCAGUGACUAUAAUAGAACAUACAGAAAAAUAAAUUGAAAUAAAAUAUUAACUACAACUAAGACUUCUUGUUAAUUCUGAAGGUGACAGGUUUCCUAUUCCUUCAUUCCUGUUCCUCAAGGACUGAUGAUAUAAUAGGAAAAAGAGAGUAACAGCUCUCAUUUGCAUUAUUAAAUACACUGUGAAGAGAAUACAGAAUGUCAUUUGUUGCUACAUAAGUUUGUUUUGCAAAGCUCCUAGAAAAUCAAAGGCAGGGCAUAAAAUUUAUUUGUGGGAAACACUACUGAAACAUUAAUAAUAAAACUGGCAUUUUGCAAUUAAGUUACUUUUAUGUGAUCAGGGAGCAUACAAAGUGGCAAUAAAAUAUUUCGUAUCUAUACCCUGUGACAA